AAGUUAUUCAAAGGUUUGGGAGCCAACUUUAUCUUGAGUCCAACAACUGUUGACACGUGGUAGAUAGUGACCUCGCCAGGAUUUCUUCCUUCCUUCUCCAGAUUAAUCGCAUUUGUCCCGAGGCUCGAAGUUCUUCCUUCUGAUCGAUCGGUUGUGAUCUUGCAACUUUAUAAAUGGCGAGUGGAUCCGGCGAGUCUUCCGGCAGAGGUCCGCAGAACUCUUCCUUAGGUGGAAGUGGUGGCAACAAUGACGCAGGUAGCUUCGAUUGCAACAUCUGCUUUGAGCUCGCCCAAGACCCGGUAGUCACCCUUUGUGGCCACCUCUUCUGCUGGCCCUGCCUUUACAAGUGGCUUCAUGGCCAUGCCCAAUCCUCCGAGUGCCCCGUGUGCAAGGCCAUUGUUGAAGAAGAAAAAUUAGUCCCUCUUUAUGGCCGGGGAAAGACCUCAUCUGACCCACGGUCUCGAACCAUGCCUGAUAUGAAUAUCCCCAAUCGCCCAGCUGGCCAGCGGCCGGAGACAGCGCCACCGCCGGAACCAAACCAUUUCCACCACGCAAGCCCAUGGUUCGUGGGAGGGGCUCCCGUGGCUAACACGAGGUUGGGGAAUUUCACAUUCUCUGCUGCCAUUGGUGGUUUGUUCCCACUUUUGAGUUUUCAAGUUCAUGGAUUCCCUGAUGCAACUGCCUAUGGUCCUGGCAUCGGGUUCCCAUAUGGAUAUGGAUAUGGACAUGGACAUGCGUUUCACGGUGGGCAUGCUCAUGGGUUCCCGCAACAAAUGCAUCAUGGACAACAAGCUGAUGUCUACCUGAAGGCAUUGUUGUUUCUUGUUGGUGCCUUGGUAAUUGCUAGCCUCAUUUGGUUUUAGGCAGAAAGCAAUCCCGUUCAUGAUACAUUGUCAUGCGAAUCAUAAUUCAUGCUUUGCAUUUAAGCAUUAGAAGGGUUCCCUGCAGAUUUAAGCUUGGGGCAUUAUUGUUAUUAUUAUUAUUAUUUUUUUUUUUUUUUAUUUUUUUUUAUGAUCGUUUAUUUCAGACACUGAUUUGUCGAGGAAGUACCUCGAUCAAUGUUUUGAAAUGCUGCAGCUGUUAAUAUGUAAUGCCUGAGAUAACAGUACUUGUGAGUUGUACUUCAGAUUUUGUUGCUUUAAUUUCAGUCAGUCAUUCGGAUACGAUAAAAUGUAAUAUAUUUGUAUUGUAGUAAAAUGUGUUAUGUUCAUCUUAAA